UUACGUUUUGUACAUAGAAACAUUGUAAGAUAAUGUCUUGAAGCACACGAGCAGAAAACGUCUUCAGAAACGAAAGACAAAGUCACAAAGUGAAUAGCUGAAACAUUUCAAUGAGGAUGAGGGAGGUGUUAAAGCCACUUCCUGAUGAUAAUAUACUGACGGUGACAUGUGGAAACCUGGUUGGAAGUCUUCACAGAGACAAGUUUUUCUGUCCAGGUAUACACCGCGAAUGUAUCGAGAUCAACGGCAUGUUUGUCACCCCAAAACGAUUCUCAGUGAUGGGAGAAAAGGCAAGAUUAAAGGAUUGGAAAAAUGCUGUGCGACUCAAUGGAUUCCAGUUAAGGAAGUACAUUGAUUCUGGUAUCCUGAAGUUCAGUAACCAUGAAAGCAUGUGUACAGGGCGUUGUAUUGCAAGGGCACCUGGGGCCAGGUCGGGACCAGCAGCAGAUACCCUAUUGCCACCUGACUCCAAGCCUGGUCUUCCACGUCCACUGGGUAUGUUCACCACAUUAUCAGGGAAUAACAUAAUGAAGAUAGAAAAAGUCCGAACAGAUGACCAGUGGUCAAACGGUGAAAUGGAGGAAGAUGUGAAACCAGAUGUCAAUCAACUACAGCUACAGAUGCUCCAGGCCCAGAAUUUGUCAGUCAGCAAGGCCAAUGCAUAUGCACAGUCCAGUCCCUCAUCAAGGAUAGCAAAGACUAUGGUACCACACAUUUACCCCACACACAUAACUCCAGCCAUUCCCAUGGUACCUCCAGAUGAGGGAACAGAGGACAUCACAGAGGAAGAUUGUGAAGACCGUCUGCUCUGGAAGGGGAUUGUAGAGCUUGGUCUUGUUGAUGAAUUCUUCAGAGAAAUAAAGGCAUCACUGGACGUGCUGAAAAAUGGAAUGAUCAAACGGCAGGUGCCUUUAGCAGACUCUCGGAAAAUCUCGGUGAUUGUAAAACAAUUAGGUUUAAUGCAGAAACUGAAGUAUAAACUGGAGGCACAUCAAACAGAUAUGGAACGUCAAAGACAGAAACUUGAUCGGGAGAUGGAAGAGUUACAGAGAAAGGUACGAGAAUUUGAAGCAAAAAAAGCGCUACUGAAAAGGAAGUCUGAGUGUUUUGAGCAGUUACUGGAUAUUACAGCUCCAAAGACAGAAUCAGUUUGGGGAGAAGGAUCAGGUUCUCCAUCUGAGUAUCGAUCUCCAUCUACAUAUAAAAGAGCUGGUAUCAGUCAGACUGAAAAUGAACCUGGACAACUGAGUGUGGUGUUUCCUCCACAGCAGAUGUCCUCUGUACUCAACACAGACAUCACAAAUAUGUCUGCAAAUACUGUUUUAGCAGAGGAGUCUGCCACUGAGGACAGCGGCACUCACUUCAUAGUCAACAUCAAUGAGUCUGCUACAUCAGCCAAUAGUUAUCCAGAAGAUCUCUCUAAAUCUGCCUCACAAAGUGCAGUGCCUAGUAAUACCGACACGGCCAUGGAUUAUAUCAUUACGUCUGCAGAGGACCUGUCAAAGUCGGCUAUAUCUGGUGAGUCAGCAGAGGCCGCAAAUGGAGAAAGCGAGAAGACAAAGUACGCAGUAAUGAAAGAACCUUCCACUGACGUGCAAGGGGAUGGUGACCCAAAUGAUGAGGCAAAAUUCACAGGCAUUAAGCUGAAAGUCCGCAGAGGACGUAAACGCAAACCAAGGGAAAUCCCAAGAACAGAUCCUUCAGAAGAAUAUGUCAUUAAGAUGGAACAAGCAAUGACAGAGGAAGGAGAAACAGCUCUGAAUUGUGUGACAGGGUCCAAUGAUUCUGUUUGUGAUUAUUCUAAUGAUUAUGAGGAAGGCAAUAGUACAGACAUUGCAAAAGACAUAGAACCAGAAAAAUCAGGAAACAUUGAAGGCAAGACUGAUCCAGGGUCACAGGAAGAGGACACGUCCACUCUUCAUGAGGAACAGAAGAUCUCUGAGGGAGACGGGGAGGAUUUGACAAACGGGACCAGUGUUAGACAAGACAAUGAACAAAUCACCCAAAGCCCAUGCAAAAUCAGUUUUGAUUUCACUGGUAUCAAAGUGAGUCGUAGAGGGAGAAAAAGGAAAUCCAGAGAGUACACAACAGAGGAAUCAGAAAGACUAGUUACGUCAUAAUACCUUGUGAGGUCCAAGAACAGGAAAUCACUGCUGGACACAAUCCUUUGGUCUGAUGAUAAGACAGCACGCUGGUCCUGUCCAAAGCUAAGCUGAUUAGACCAGAUAACUUGAAUGUUGAAUUAAACAAGCCUCACAAAAUUUUCACAGUGACGUAAAAUUGUGAAAGUGUCUUAAAUGUUUCAAGACCCUCUCAGA